AUGAGUUCUGGAUGCCUCAAGUACUUCUAUAAAAAUGUUGACGGUCUUUUGGAAAUACUGGACUCUUUUGAAAAGACAAUCGUCGACGACUGGGGUCUUCAUGUACAGAAGCUGCCUUCAGCCAAUGCGGACCUGCGUCAGUCGUUGCGAGUCUAUGCACAAUCGCCGGCAGCCAAAUCGGCCGAAAUUCACGUACCAGUUCUCAAUGCCUGUGAUCGGUUCCGCGAUGAUCUCCUACCUGCACACGGCAUUCGCCUACAGGACCGCAUGACCAUUUCGGCCGGUGCCACCUCUACCGCGGACGUUCCUGCCAUCGGCAUAGUUGACGCGAGCCUAUUGGCAGCUGAAAAACGUGACAAAGCUGAGCUCACUAUCGUCUCCACUAUCGACUUUAAACGUACCGGCCCGCGUAUUUACGUAGCCAAUAUAGUGUCUUUCAAUCUUUCGUAUGGUUGUCUGGCACUUUCGGUAAAUCUUAUUAUCUAUUUCACACUGGAUUUUCAGAAAGAGGCGGAACGCGAAGCCUUGAAGGCUAAACAAGCUCAAGCUAAGGAAGAAGCUGGUCGCAUGCCACCUUCCGAGAUGUUCCGCAGCCAGACCGACAAAUAUUCUGCAUUUGAUGACAAGGGUAUGCCGACGCACGAUGCUUCAGGAAAAGAGGUGUCAAAGAGCCAGCUUAAAAAGCUGCAAAAGCAGUACGAGCUGCGGGCCAAGCGAUACGAAGCAUAUCUAGCUAAUAAAAAGUCAGAUGAAUAA